AUGGAGGUUUCUCCCGCUCGCGUCUCCGUCGCACCGAGCACUUUCUCUUCUGUACUCGCCGACGCAGCCUCCUUUGCUCCUCCUCCAUGUCCGCCCUCUCCCGCGCUCGCCGUCGUCUCUUUGGCGCUCCCUCCUCUUUUCGCGCCGUCGUCUCUUCCUCCCUGGUUCGACAAGCCGCUGCGAGAGGCGGCGCGCGCUGCGGCGCCUUGCUGCCGCGUCUGCUGCUCAUGCGCGCUGCGCGCACCCCCGCCCCUGUCUCCCGUCUUUGGCCCGUCUCCUUUCUCCGGCGCCUCGUGCCCGCCUGCGUCGCCAGCGAGCCUCGCGUCCUCUGUCUCCGAUUCCCUUUCCUGGAGAGUUCAAGGAGCGCCCAGAGGCAGUCUGGACACUGCGAGCUUAGAAGGAGAGGAAGAAGAAGAGGAGGAACAGGCAGAGGAAGAAGAGACGCACGAGGAGGCAGCACGAUGCGAGUUGGUAGAGCGCCGUGAUCUCAGGUGUUUUCGGGACUGCGAGAGAGAUCAAGAGAGAGAAAAUGUGUUGAACUCGCCGUGCGAGGAAAGCCGCUGUCGCGCGGCCUCUGUCUCCGGCUCUGGAGAGGGUCCGCGUGACGCGCUUUCCAGGAGUGAAGAGGCGUGCGGAAGGAAAACGAGGAAGCGAAAGCAAGCUCAUCAGUUCGGGCUCCACCCCAGAAGACCUGAGUGUCUUCCUGCUGGCCCCGGGUCGCCGUCCGCGUGCGUCUCCCUCGCCAAGGGCGAGGGCCAAGCCUCCGAGAGGGGCGGGUCUCCACGCACGCAGACAGAGCGUCUCGUGCCAGUGUCUUCUUUUCCGCGAGAACAAAGAGAUGAAGAGAGAGAAGACGGAAGUGAGGGUGCCAAGAGAGAAGGAGAGGAAGCUCGGGACUCAGCAGGGGUGGAGGAUGUGAAGGGAGUGAAGGGCGCUUGUGAGGCUCCGUUUUGCGAGCACCAGAGGACACAAGUCGACAAGCAAAUCAACGACUUAAAGAGACUCAUUUGGGAAUUCGCCUUCGACCCUCGAGACUGGGCGAGUCUGCGACAGGUGGACCGAGCGGGACGAGCGUUCGCAGAGACGGCGUUCAGCGCGUCCCUCCAACUCCUUCGUCUCUGGCCUUCUCCGACAGUCUCUCCAGGUCUCUCUCGGUCUUUCUCUCGCCUCGGACACCUCCUCCCCGACAUGCUCCUCGACUGCGCGAUGAGCGACUUCCUCCACUCUGCCUUCCCGCCGCCGCCUUCGCCGUCUCCGCUCUGCUCGCGCGAACCUCAAAAGCUCUUCGGGGACAGCGGCUGGGCCUGUCGAGAAACGCGGGAGGCGACCGCCCCUGGCGGCCAACGCGCACAGCCGCCCUGUCUCCAGAAUGUGCCGCCGCUGGAGAGCGGGUGUGGGGAGUGGUCCGUGUGGCUCUACGACCGCACGGGCGAGCCGCCGCUGCGGCGGCUACCUCCGGGCGCCGCAGCGGCGCUUGGAGCCCGAAGUGCGGGCGGCUUGGCCAAGGCCCUCGCCGGCGCCGCGGAGACCCUCGAGGCGGGCGGCGAGUGGAUCGACUACGCCGAGGGGACAGUCCUUAUGUGGGGCAGGAAAGCAGCGAAGCGCGCGCCGAAAACACCGAGACAACUUAGAUCUCAGGACGCCGCGAGGCCAGAGGAAGGCGGAAAGCUCCACCGGAAUGGGACACGAAGCGAGACAGAACCCGUUUCGGCUCCACUUCAAGUCCUGGACGCUUCGUCGCCUUCUCGGUUGACUCGUUUUGAAAGCCCUUCUUUGUCCCACUCUGUUUAUGUCGAGUCACAGACCUUCUUUCUGGCGCGAUAUCGGCGGCUGCUGGCCGAUGCGCUGUACAAGCAAACGCUGCUGGCGGCAGACAGGAAAACGGCGAGGCGGUCGCGGCCGGGACGCUUCUUCGAGGCGGCGAUCGCCGAAGCCCUAGCCGCCCUGCCAGGAGCCUCCAGCUUUCCCGCUUCGUGUCCGUCGCUCGAUUGGCCCGCCCCGUCUCUCGCGUCCGCGGCGACGAACGCCACCACGAACCUCCACGCGUUCCAAGUGCGUCAGUCCCCUGCCUUCCUCUCUGACGAAACGGAGACGUUUCUGUUCGACGUCGUCUGGGCCCGGCCACGAGGCGGAGGGCGAGGGACGUGGGGCGUUUGCGGGCCUCCGGCGCUCUGGCCUCUCGAGCCUCCGUUGGAGGCAAAGGCAUCGCACUACCCUUCGCGAGAAAGGGACACGGUGGGGUCCCGGUGUCUUGGCCGUCAGGGAAACUCCCCUCACGAGCACGGAGGCCGCAGAGGAUUGCCCGCGCCUGUGUCCGAAACGUGUCGACCAGAGAAGCCGCCGUAUCUGCCUUCCUCGUCUUCCCUCCCCUCGCCAGGUGGUGCCCCGGCUUCCUUGUCCCUUCGAUGUCGCCCCGAGUUUCCGCCUGCAGCUCCGAGAGUGGGCGGCGGAGUCAUCGUCAUCUACCGUCACUUCGCCGAUUGGGCAGCGGCGCUGUGUCACAGCAGGCUGUGGCAGUUUCUUUUUCUCGCUUUGUCUCGAGGCCUCGACGCCGCGCACGCGUUUCUUCGCCUCUAUGACGCUGCGGGUCUCUCGCCGGCCUGGGACGGCUACGUGUCUGCCUUCCCCGUGCCCGGGCGGUGGCAUCCUUCCACUCCUCGGUUUUUCUCCAGCCGCGCCCCGUUUUCUUCGCCUCCACUGUCUCGUCUUUUCGACUCCGGUUCCGUUCCCUCUUUUGCACCUGCCUGCUUCGCCCCUGACCCCUCUGGGCUGCUCCCGCCCUCGCUGGCGGCGCGAUCCCCGCCGGCCUCGGCGGUGUCUCCUUUCUCGUGGGGCCUGCCCGCGGAAAGAAGUGUGGGGUCGUGUGGGGACAGGGCGCUCGUUCCUGUCUGGCGAGGAAGGCCCCUCCUUCAGCUGCGAGACGAUGGCGCAGCCCCCAGGACUGUGCGCGGCGUCCUCUUCGAGCAGAUCAUGGAGGAAGGGUUCAUGUGUCACCUUCGGCGCCGGGGCUACUCUCGUCAAGGGCUUUGGGUGCCUGCUGGCGCCUCUCUUCUCUCUUCUCUCCCUCAGGCUUCUUCUCUGUUUAAUGACCCUGGGAAUCCCCGCUUGCCGGCCCCCGCAUUCCCGCGCAACGCGGUUCGCCCCACUGCCACUGAUGAAGGCGAAAGCGAGCGAGACAGCGAAGUCUGCGAACAGGACGAGAGGAGACACGCGGCCGAUCGCCUCUUCCAAGGCCGACACACAGGCGAUUCUCGCCGGCGAGAGGGGACCUGCCAGGUGCACGAGGGAGGCGGCUACGGCACAGAGGAAAGCCGUAGCGGGUACGAUCGUUUCGCCCCUUUUCUCUCAGGGGACGGCCCCCAGUGGGUGCGGCUGCCUCCCUUCCAUCUUUCCCUUUCUCCGAGGGCACCCGCUGCUGCGCUGUGUCUCUUCUCCGCUUUUCAAAAUGCGUUGCAAGCGGGAGACUUUACAGACACUGGGGAGGACGAAGGCCACGGCGUGCGUCCUCGGCUCUCCGCGAGGAGCGCGGGACCCGUUUCGUUGAGGCCCAGCCUCCUUCCCGACCUCGAGAAGGCGGCCGAGGGAGCCGCACGCGAGCUGUCUGUGGACGCCAGAGCGGCCGAGCGUUUCGCCUGCUCCGGCCUGUCGCCUGGACGUUUCCAGUCGCCCCUCGUGGCGGACCAGCAAGAGUGUUCAUGGGCCCUGCGAGGCGCCGCCCCGUCUCCGCCUCUCGGCUACCGGGUCUCUUUUCUCCUGUCUCCAUCGGAGCCAGCCCCCUGGCGAAACGUCGGUGGGCGGUCGCGACCCACGCUGCCGAGGGACGACCCGGACUGUCCCCUUCCGGUGUCUCCGUCUGUCUCCCUCUCGGCCGACGGCGAGGCGCAGGUCUCCCGCCCCGUAUCGGACGAGCCGGCGGGCGGCGCGCCGUACCCCGUGGGGACGAGCGGCGCGCCGCCCGCAAAGAGAUCGCAAACGCCGCCCUCGCCCCACGCUGGCGCGAGGAGCGCGCUGGGCGAUCCAGUUCCCUAUCCGACGCGUGCUCGGCAGUCCAGCGGGGGGUUCUCGGCUCAGUUUCGCCUCGCCCCUCGGCGCCGGGGCGAGCGGCGCGGCCCCAGAGUCCCGCCGCGAGAGCGGAGAUCCUCGGCUGGGCCUCGCUUUCACGCGUUCUUCUCGCCGUCGCCUGAAGCGGGUCCCCAGCUCUCGCGUGGCCUUGCCCACUUGGCCAGUGGGGACGAGGAGACGGGGGCCGCUGGCGUCCAGGCGGAGACAGAGGCGUGGGGCGUGGGUGCGCCUCGCCGCCGAAGGACAAGCAGCGGCUGGAGUGUGGGGCCUAGCGAAGAGGAGACAGCAGGGCCAGAGGGGCGGAGAGCAGCACGGAGACUGCGCCCCACAGGCUUCCAGUUUUUCGGGACGCCUUCCGAGCUCCAUCCAGCGCAUGCGCGACUCGCACCCCCUGGCGUGUUUCGGGUCACGACGACCAGGCCUAACCAGGGUGAAGCGCGCUUUUCUCUCUGCACUCCGCACGACGCAUCGGCCGAAGGAGGGCACCAGCCAGCAGGCGAAAUUGCCCAGGAAGGGGGGGAAGCAGAGGGGGGGAAAGAGAGAGACGUGGGAUGUGAAGGCGAGUUCGCGUUUUCAGCGGAAAAGGCAGCAACGUGUGAAGAAGCGACAGGGAGAAGCGCGGCUGUGCCGGUCUCUUUAGCCGCCGUCAAAGAUGUUUGCCUUACCGCAACGACAACUGCGUCUUCCCUGUUUUCUUUGGCCGGGUUUUCCUCCUCUCCGCCUGCCUCCUCUUCGUCCGCCUCGCGUUCUGCGGCGUCGCUGUCGGGUUACCCCUCCUGUCUCUCCCCGGCCCUCGUCGCCGCGGAGGAGAGGUGGAGAGGUCGCGGAGAUGGUCUCUCUCCGGUUGGAGGGCGCGCGGAGGUGGACGAAGAGACGCCUGCCGAGGGAGGGCGACCAGGCGACGGGCGCGGCAUCCGGCAGAAGAGCCACGCGGCGUCGCCUUUCGAGAGCCUGUCUCCGUGUGCAGAGAGGGAAGGGAAGGAAGACGGCGGCGAGCAAGGCAAACAGAGACGGGAGCGCAGAAACAGCGGCCUGUCUCCGCUUCUGCGCCGCCUCAGCCUUCAGGCCCUGCAGGCGAGCUCUGGCGAGGGCCCGACGGGGCGACCGGAAGACGGAGAUCAUCAAGCACUGGAAAUCGGAGACGCGAAGCGAGAAGAGGGCCAAGGGGCCCGCGGGGCUUUUUUCCACUGGGGAAAAAGCAGUCCGCGCUCGAGUUGCGGUAGCGUCGCCCUUUCAGAGGGAGACGCUGGAGACGUUACAGCAGAAGGAACGAACUCUGUAGCCUUUCUGCUCUCGCGGCCGUCUCUGGAGCCUUCAGCUGCGUUCGGGCCCUUCUCGGGCUCUUCCUUGCCUUGUUCGCCAUCGUUGACUCCCCGGCGCCCGCCUGCGACUUCGUCCCUGUCUGACGAGACGAGGUCUGCGGCGGCAGGAGACUUCCCUAGAAGCGCCCCGCACCCAGGAGGAGAUUCGUCUUCGGCGAGGAGCCGAGAUGAAGACGCCUCUCCACUCUCUUCGCUGUCUCCGCAGUCCCGCCCGACACCACACCCGGCAGUUGCGCACAGAGUCUCUCAUCUGUCUCCUGUCUCGCCCUCACGCUCGCUUUUUCGGGCCCCGCGCCACGAAGCCUCCCUGUCGCCUUGCUAUGCAUGCAGCAGAGACUCCAGAAAGCCAGCGUCUGCGUUGGGCUCGGCGUCUUCGGGCGCUGGCGUCUCCCGCUCGGCCGUCGAUUCUUCUCGCGUGUCCGCUCAGCUGCCAAGCCGGGAGAGAGGCAGGGCGCGUGUGGCAUCUUCAAUGCUGCGAAAGCGGAAAGCCGAGACACCUGAAGGAGCAGUCAGGGGGAAAGACAAAGGAGACGGAGGCUGUCAAAGGCUGGAGACGCAGGAGGAGAAAGGCGAGAGAAACAGGCUGCAGAUGCCCAGCGCACGCGCCAGAGACGGGCCGACGCCUGUCCACCGCCGGGGUGUGCUGGAGCGGAAGAGGCAAAAGAUGGAGAAAAGCGACUCUGCAAAAAAACAGAUGAAGGAAACAGAAGCGCUCGAAGCUGGCGCUGAUGCGCCUUCACGCGGCACCUCCGUCACGCGUAGCUCUCCCCGGUGA